GCAUGGCCCGCCACGUGGCCAUCAUCGUCACGGUGCUCGGCGUGUGCACCGCGGUGGCGGUCUGGUGCGAGGCCAUCGCGGACGUGAUCGCGCUCUUCGGCAGCUGCUUCGGAACACUGAUAUGCCUGGUGUGGCCGCGCAAGAUAUACCACCUCAUCUUCGGCAGGCUCCACUCGAAGAGCAUCGGGGUUCCGGUGGGCCUCGUCCUCUUCCUCGCCACGUUGGUCGGUGUGCUCGCGUUCGCCCUGCAGGCUUUCGAGUUUGCGCGGAGAAUACGGUCGUGA